GCAUGGGAGGCGGGACCCGGCGGCCGCCCCCGCCCCUGGGAGGGCGGCAGGAGAGUUGAACUUGGGAGCCGCUCCGCAUGGAUCCGCGGCGCUGCUCAGCCUGAGAACGGAGCGCAGCCCGCGGCCGAGGCGCCGCGUUCCCCGCCGCGGGGAGGCCGAGGGCGGCUCGGCCGAUGGAGAGACAAGAGGACGGGCGGGACUGGGCGUACAGGGUUGAUCCAUAUGGGUUUGAAAGGCCAGAUGACUUUGAUUAUGCAUCCUAUGAAGCAUUCUUUUCCAGAUAUCUAGUGGUGCUCACUAGAAGAGCAAUAAAAUGGUCCAAGCUCCUAAAGGGGAAUAACAGUGUACAGAAGAGUUUAAAAGUGAAGAGGUAUAUCAGGAAAGGCAUCCCCAAUGAACACCGUGCAUUGGUCUGGAUGAUUGUGAGUGGGGCCCAAACCAACAUGGAACAAAACCCUGGAUAUUACCACAGGCUGCUUGAAGGAGAGAAGAAUGACAAGCUGAUUGAAGCAAUCAAAACAGACAUGAACAGAACAUUUCCAGAUAAUGUAAAAUUCCGCAAAACUGCCGAUCCCUGUUUGCAACAUGCACUCUACAACAUAUUGGUGGCAUAUGGGCAUCAUAAUAAAGCAGUAGGAUAUUGUCAGGGCAUGAACUUCAUAGCUGGAUACCUGCUUCUUAUUACAAAGAAUGAAGAGGAGUCCUUUUGGUUGCUAGAUGCUCUUAUUGGAAGAAUAUUGCCCGAUUAUUACAGCCCUGCGAUGCUGGGCCUGAAAACUGAUCAGGAAGUCCUUGGAGAACUUGUGAAAAUGAAAAUCCCAGCUGUGGCAGAGCUGAUGGAAAGACAUGGAGUCAUGUGGACCCUGGUGGUGUCACGCUGGUUUAUAUGCUUGUUCAUUGACAUUCUUCCAGUGGAGACCGUGCUGCGAAUAUGGGAUUGUUUAUUCUAUGAAGGGUCAAAGAUCAUCUUCCGUGUGGCCUUAACACUAAUUCAUCAACACCAAGCUUUUAUUUUGGAAGCCACAAAUUUCCCUGACAUUUGUGAGAAAUUUAAGCAGAUCACCAAAGGAGCAUUUGUAACAGAGUGUCACAGCUUCAUGCAGAAAAUAUUCACAGACCCUGGAAGUUUGUCUAUGGCAACAAUCAACAAACUCCGAGAGACUUGCAGAGAGAAGUUGCUUUCUCAGGGAUAACUCACCGGAUUUAACCAGGUGGUCAGAAACUACAGCAAUUGACACAUUCCUCUAUUUGCACUGACUAAAGCACACUUUAACCUUUCCAUGAGUUAACUGACACUUGACCAAUUUUUCCUGCCUUUCAAGUAAGUGUUGUUAACAUGUUGUACUGUAUGUCAGACUUGAAAACUGGAACUGGUGGUUCUAUUUGUCUGUGAUUUUUUUUUUUAAAGGAUUAAAGUGUUUUCAGAGUAGAAUGUGAUCAGUGUCAGGAUACUCCUUUUAAAAAAAAAGAAAACAGCCACCAUAUUUGUCUUUUCAGGGCAUUUUGUAAUGUUAAAACAGGUGUAUAAAAUUACAUAUCCUUCCUACUGUAUUAACUGUGACACCACAAUCAUUUUUACAAAAUAAAUUAAUUUAAUUUGUCAGAA